GGAGAGCGCGCGCGCGCCCGCGCCGCCGCCAUCUUGGGGAGACCCGAGCGGGCCGCGAGCCGCCGGCCGGCCGCGCCCGUGUCGCGAGGCGCCGAGCCCCCGGCCAGGCCCAUGAGUGCGCGGCACUCCCGAGGCCACCCGGGCUUCGCUGCCGCCAGCGCCCUGGCCUCCGAGCAGCCGCCGCUUCGCCCGGCCCGCGGGACAGCUCCGUGGCCUGCACAAUGUUCUGGAAGUUUGACUUGAACACCACGUCCCAUGUUGACAAGCUGCUGGACAAGGAGCAGGUGACACUGCAGGAGUUGAUGGACGAAGAUGACAUCUUGCAGGAGUGUAAGGCUCAGAACCGGAAGCUGCUGGACUUCCUGUGCAGGCAGCAGUGUAUGGAGGAGCUGGUGGGCCUCAUCACCCAGGAGCCGCCCCUGGACAUGGACGAGAAAGUCCGCUUCAAGUAUCCCAACACAGCCUGUGAGCUCCUUACUUGUGACGUGCCGCAGAUUAGCGACAGACUGGGUGGGGAUGAGAGUCUGCUGGGCCGUCUGUGUGACUUCCUGGACCGUGAGCCUCCUCUCAACCCUCUGCUUGCCAGCUUUUUCAGCAAGACCAUCGGCAAUCUUGUUGCAAGAAAAACCGAGCAGGUGAUCGCCUUCUUAAAGAAGAAGGACCGGUUCAUCAGCCUGGUGUUGAAGCACAUUGGCACCUCAGCCCUCAUGGACCUGCUCCUGCGCCUGGUUAGCUGCGUGGAGCCAGCCGGGCUCCGGCGGGAGGUCCUGCACUGGCUUAAUGAAGAGAAGAUCAUCCAAAGACUUGUGGAACUGAUCCAUCCGAGUCAGGACGAGGACAGGCAGUCGAAUGCGUCUCAGACUCUCUGUGACAUGGUCAGGCUGGGCAGAGACCAGGCCCUUCAGCUGCACGAGGCUGUGGAGCCAGACCCGCUGCUCACAGCUCUGGAGUCGCAGGACUGUGUGGAGCAGCUUCUGAGGAACAUGUUUGAUGGGGACCGGACGGAGGGCUGUCUUGUCAGUGGGACCCAGGUGCUGCUCACCUUGCUGGAGACAAGGCGGGCUGGGACCGAGGGUGUGGUGGACCCCUGCUCGCAGGGACCGGAGGGGCCAAUUGCAGUCAGCAGCGGCAUCCUGCAAGGCAUCGAGCCCCGGCUGCGGGACUUCCACCAGCUCCUGCUCAGCCCGCCGAAGAAGAAAGCUAUCCUGACCACCCUCGGCGUGCUAGAAGAGCCCCUCGGGAAUGCCCGUCUGCACGGGGCCCGGCUCAUGGCCGUGCUGCUGCACACAAAUACGCCCAGCAUCAACCAGGAGCUGUGCCGGCUCAACACCAUGGACUUACUGCUGGAUUUGUUUUUUAAGUACACCUGGAAUAACUUCCUACACUUCCAAGUGGAACUCUGCAUCGCUGCUAUCCUCGCCCAUGCUGCUCCAGGUGACAGGGGAGAAGCUGGAGGGGCUGCGAACGAGGCGGAGCCUCCGCAGGAGCAUGGCAGUGGGCUAAGGGACCUGGAGCCGCCCCAGCCCACACCCAGCCUCCCUGAGAACAGCAUGGUGACCCAUCUGUUUCAGAAAUGCUGCUUGGUACAGAGGAUCCUGGAGGCCUGGGAAGCCAAUGACCACACACAGGCAGCGGGAGGCCUGAGGCGCGGGCACAUGGGCCACCUCACACGCAUCGCCAACGCGGUGGCACAGACACACGUCAGCGAGGUCAUCCCAGGGCUCCCUGCCGAGUGCCGUGGGCGCUGGGAGAGUUUUGUGGAAGAGACGCUGACGGAGACGAACCGCAGAAACACCGUGGACCUGGUGGGCACUCACCACCUUCACUCCUCAAGCGAGGACGAGGACAUUGAGGGCGCUUUCCCUAACGAGCUGUCCCUUCAGCAGGCCUUCUCCGAGUACCAGAUGCAACAGAUGACUGCCAGCUUUGCGGACCAGUUUGGCUUCAAGGACGAGGACUUUGCUGACCAGGACGACGGCAUCAGCGCCCCAUUCGACAGGAUUGCAGAGAUCGACUUCAGCAUUGAUGCAGAGGAGGACAGUCCCAGCACAGCUCUGUUCGAGGCCUGCUGCAGUGACCGCAUCCAGCCCUUCGAUGAUGAGGAGGAGGACAUCUGGGAGAAUGAGGAGACUCGCUGUCCCACGCGAGUGAUGGCCAGGGCCAGGUUUGGGACCCCCCACACCGCAGGGAGCUGCUCCAAGAAGCCCCCAGAGCGUGGGGGCCAGGAGAGGAGAGCAGAUGCAAACCAGGCAGAUGGGGACACUCCAGGGACCCCCGUGGAGGACAAAGCCGCUCCCCUGCAGGGGGCCACAGAAGGUGCAGCAUGGGUGGCCGUGUUUGACGAGCCAGGAAGCUUGACACCCGGGGCCGCAAGCGUGGCAAGAGACGUGGGUUCCAGCGUGUGGGUGGCCAGUGCCUCUGCUCCAGAGGAGAAGGGCUGGGCCCAGUUUGCCGACUUCCAGCCUUUCUGCUGCUCCGAGUCAGGGCCCAGGUGCAGCUCCCCUGUGGACACUGAGGGCAGCAGGAGCCAGGGCCAGGAGCCAGCCUUCAGUACAGCGUCCCCUUGUGCGUGGAACAUGUGUGUCACCAGCAAGACCUCACUGGUGGCCUCCAGCAGUGAGGAGGACAAGCAGAAGGCAGCUGGCGCCAUGGACACCAGGAACAUGGGCCCUGACCAGGAGACCUCCCCACUGCCCAGCACAGAGACAGCGGCUGGUGGCAGGGUUGCAUGUGUCGGUGACAAACUGCCAGAAGCCACUGGCCCUGUACCUGUGGAAACGACCAGGGCCCUAGCUGUGGCGACUGGAGCUCCCCACGCACUGAAGGCUGAGCCCCCUACAGCUGCCCCAGCAGUGUUUGAUGCAGCGGCUGUGGCAGCGCCCAACCCAGGGACAGUGGCCAAGGACAGGGAGACCGACACCCCACCCGAGGGAGCCGCCUUCAACGGGCCCGGCCAUGGCCAGCCCUGCUCAGGCUGAGUCCUUAAUCAAGAUAACUACUGGUGAUGCAAUUUUUAAAUUUAAUUUAAUUUUAAAAUAAAUGCUGCAUUGGUAAAGCUGGUCGCUGGAA